GCAGCGCAGUGCCAGUGACAACUCAAAAGAGCCUUGUUGCUCCAAGCUAAGUGUCGGCAGCAAGCAGCGUGGGGAGAAGAUGAAGAUCAGCAGCACCGUCCUGGCCAUCCUGGUUCUCCAGGCCGUCCUGGUCUCAGCAGCCAUGGCGGAAUCAAACGGCUUGGGCGCGAGCGCGAAGAAGUCGUGCUGCAACUCCUGCACCAGCUGGUCGGGGGUGUACACCUGCGACGACCUGCUGACCAAGUGCGCCGCCACCUGCCAGAACUGCGCCGCCGUGCCCACCGACAAGGGCACCCGCUACAGGUGCCGCGACUUCCUCCCCGAGGGAUGCCCCUGCAAGGCCAACUGAUCGAUCCAUCGGUCGAGCUCGUUGCAACUUGCAAGACAUCAAUAAUCCGUUGCUGUUUUUCCAUGUGUGUGUGUGUCUCUGAUCUUCUCGGUCGAGAUGCAUAGAAUAAGAUUAAGUCAGGCGCGCUAGCGUCUUGCUGUACUACUACUGUUAGUUCAUUCUCGACAACGCUCGUGGAUUUAAUAAAGCCUUUUGUUUUGCGAUGAUCCA